AUGGCGAGGCGGCUAGGACAUGGUCACCCGGCGUGUCUCCUCGCGGCGGCCGUGCUGCUACUGUCCGCGGCCGCGGCGGCGUCGACGUCGGCGGCCCAGCAGCUGGACUGCGCGGCGAACGCGACGUUCCAGGCGGGGCGGUCGUACCGGCGGUGCAGCGCCCUCCCGGUGCUCGGCGCCACCCUGCACUGGACGUACCACCCGGGGAACGGCACCGCCGACGUCGCGUUCCGCGCGCCGCAGGGCAGCGGCGGCUGGGUCGCGUGGGGGAUCAACACCCAGGGCGCCGGCAUAGCCGGCAGCAGCGUGUUCGUCGCCUCGCAGCAGGCCGCCGGCGGCGGCGGCGGCGCCGUGUCCGUCCUCACCACGGUGCUGGAGAGCUACAGCCCCAGCCUGAGGAACGGGACCCUGGGGUUCGGCGUGCCGUCGCCGCCCGCCGCCGAGUACUCCGCCGGCGCGUACACCAUCUACGCGACGGUGGCGCUGCCGGGCAACUCGACGACGCAGAACACGGUGUGGCAGGCUGGGCCGGUCAGGGGCGGCGCCAUCGCGAUGCACCCGACGUCGGGGCCGAACUUGAUGAGCACCAAGAGGCAGGACUUCCUCUAG